GGUCACGGGGGGUGUAAGAGGAUUUCCCUGCUCCUUCCUCCGGCACGGCCAUCCCGGGGUCCCGCUCCCUGCCCGCCCGCUGCCCGCCCGGCCCCGGCCCCAUGCCACGCUCCCGCGGGGACAAGGGGACCCCCAAGGACACGGAGCCCCCGCAGAAGGGGAAAGGGGGGCACGAGGAGGGCGAGAAAGCCCCCAAAGCCCCCCAGGACGUCGGUGCCCCGGCCCCCAAGAAUUCCGGCUCCGAGUCCCGGCACGGCGGGCACGGGCAGAAGAGUGGGAAGAAGGCUCCCGUGGACCCCCACGCUGCUGCCACCAAGACCUACUCCCCCUUCCUCAACACCGUCUUUGGCAAGGAGCGGGAGCUGUCACCGGAGGAGCUGGAUGAGCUGCUGGACGCCUUCAAGGAGUUCGACACGGACCAGGAUGGCUACAUCAGCUACAAGGACCUGGGCGCCUGCAUGCGCACGCUGGGCUACAUGCCCACCGAGAUGGAGCUCAUCGAGAUCUCCCAGCACAUCAAGAUGAGGAUGGGCGGCCGCGUGGACUUCGAGGACUUUGUGCAGAUGAUGGGCCCCAAGCUGCGCGAGGAGACGGCGCACAUGGUGGGCGUGAGGGAGCUCAAGAUCGCCUUCCGCGAGUUCGACAUGAACGGGGACGGGGAGAUCAGCACGGCCGAGAUGCGCGAGGCCAUCGCGGCGCUGCUCGGGGAGCAGCUGAAGGCGCAGGAGGUGGACGAGAUCCUGCAGGACGUGGAUCUCAACGGGGACGGCCAUGUGGACUUCGACGAGUUCGUGAUGAUGCUGUCGUCCCGGUAACGGAGACACCGGGCAGGGGGGCACCCCGGGAUGGCCCCCCAAGCCCGUCCCCAGCCCCUCCCUGCCCGGCCAGCCGGCCCCAGGGCUCUGCCAGCACCAGGGUGCAGAGGGGACAGCUGGAGCGGAGAACCUGGGAACAGAAGCGA